CAAGUGACCCCAGUACCCAACAAAUCAAAACACAGGUCCAAAGAGAAUCAGAGCAACAAGCUUAAUUAGCAAGUACACAAUGAGGUUCCUCUCCCUGCCGUUCGUCCUGCUCCUGGCCGCCACCGCGGCUCUGGCCGCCGCUCCCUUGCUCGCGCACGGCGCCGGCGUGUGCGGCGGGACGCCGCCCGACCAGAUGGCGCUGAAGCUCGCGCCGUGCGCGUCGGCGGCGCAGGACCCGGGCGCCGCGCCGCCGGGCGGGUGCUGCUCCGCCGUGCGCGACAUCGGCAGGCACCAGAGCGCCGCGUGCCUCUGCGCCGUGCUGCUGUCCGACACCGUGAAGCACUCCGGCGUCAAGCCGGAGGUGGCCAUCACCAUCCCCAAGCGCUGCAACCUCGCCAACCGCCCCGUCGGCUACAAGUGCGGCCGUUACACUCUGCCCAGCCUGCAGGACUGAUGAAGAUGCGCCACUGAAGCUGCCUGCAGAUCGACGCGUGCGUAGGUCAUAUAAUUUAAGUGUUCACGCCUAUCGGAUUGACGAAUAAAUGAUAAAAUCAAGUGUAGUAAGCAAACUCUUCAUGAACGGGACCGGGCAUCACUUUAUCUCGUGUGGUGCAAAUGGUGUGCAAUUCUGUCGACAGGUGCUGCUUAAAAAUUUAACGGAAAAACGAACAAAAUCUACCGUGUGUCAAGAUUGGCAUGUUGCCUGUGUUGUGCCUUGUGCCACGCUAUUACGUACUCCCUCCGUCCCAAAAUAAACCAAUCUUUCACCUUUUACCUAUAA